AGGAGAGGGGACAGCAGACAGGAGAGGAGACAGGGGUGAGGGGACAGGGAGACGACAGGCCAGCUCUGCCAUGGGCCUGCCCGUGGACCGGGGGAGCCCCUACGUGCGGCCUCGCCACCAUGGCUGCUGGUAUUACCUGCGCUACUUCUUCCUCUUCGUGUCGCUCAUCCAGUUCCUCAUCAUCCUGGGCCUGGUGCUCUUCAUGGUCUAUGGCAACGUACACCUGGGCACCGAGAAGGCCCUGGAGGCCACGGAGCGGCGCGCGCAGAGCCUCCAAGGCCAGGUGCUGGGGCUGUCCGCGUCGUGUGCCAACUUGUCCAAGGAGCUGAACAUCACCGCCCGCGCCAAGGACUCCAUCAUGCAGAUGAUGAUAAGUGCCCGGCGGGACGGGGACCGCAUCAACAUCAGCUAUCGCCAGUGCCAGGCCGACCUGGCAUUGUACCAGAGCAACCAGCACAUCCUGGCCGCCAUCAUCCUGAGUGAGAAGCAGUGCAAAGAGCAGCUCAAGGAGGACAACCGCACUUGUAAUGCUUUGCUCCAGAAGCUGAACCAGAAGGUGCAGGCCCUGGAGAAGGACAUGGAGAAGGGCAAGGCCCAGUGCACCCUGGACAAAGAGAGCCUGGCGCAAAGCCUGCGCUUGGCCGAGGCGCAGGCCGCCGAGUGCGGGCGGGCCCAGGCGCUGCUGCAGCGGGAGCGCACCCUGGCCGACGACCGGCUGCGGAAGGUGCAGGACCUGUGCGCGCCCCUGGACCGGGACUCCCUGGAGAGGCAGUUCCGAGAGCUCUGGAAGGACUCGAUGCUGUCGCGCUCCCUCAGCGACCUGUCCUACCGCCACCUGACCCCGCUGGACCUGGGCUUCCUGCGCACCUGUGAGCAGGUCUCCGACCGCCUCGUCAACAAGGCGGAGGAGGUGGCCAGCAGGCUGCGAGCGGGGAUCGAACGCGUGGCCCGGGAGAACUCGGAGCUGCAGCGCCAGAAGCUGCAGGUGGAGGAGGCGCUGCAGGCCUGCAAGGAGGCGCUCUCCAAGGCCGAGAAGGAGGCCCCGGCCCGGGAGAACCGAGCCCGCUCCGAGUGCGCGCUCCAGACCCAGCUGCAGCUGCGGGACAAGGAGGCGCUGCGCCAGGAGCGCGACGCGCUGGCCCGGGAGCUGGACGCCAGGCGGCAGGAGGUUGAGCAGCUGCGCUCCAAGCUGGACAUCAGCGACAAGGCCCUGGAAACCUGCAUCAGGGCCAAGUCCCAGAUCAUCCCCCAGAAGACUGUGGUGGUGCCGCCUCAGCCGCCAUCCAUCAAGGACAUCAACCCCGCGGCAGUGGAGGAGUUUAAGAAGAAGAUUCUAGAGUCUCAGGGCCUCCAGAGGAGCAACACUGCGCCCGCUUCCAGUGGCUGAGGGGCCUCAAACCACGAGCCCCCCUUCCCCAAUCCCCACCCAGCUCAGACGGCAGAGGGACCUGCUACUCCGUCCACGGUGCUCU